AUGGCUCAUACUGACGCGACAUCGUGGGCUCCCUGGAAAGUUCUCCUCCACUGGUCUCCUUUUCAUAUUGACGCUCUGGGUCUUGUAACACUCUUGGGAGCUGAAGAGGUCAACGCAGCGGUCGGCCGCCUCGUGAGCAGUGCCUAUCUUGAAUAUUUGCCUUUGCUGGGCGCGUAUGUCAUCGCCGGGAACCGAUUCACAGACAAAGCUGCUGGCUUCAAUCUCUACAACAUAUCACAAGGUAUCCAUACAACCGACCUCGCCGCCUGGUUGACGAGAUGGAUGCUCUCGCAGAAAUUUGAGACCACUCGCAACUUUGUGGUCUGGACGGUGACGCCGCCGAUAUCUCGAAAGAAUGAAAUAACAAUCUCGGUAGUCAUAAGCGUCGCACUGAAUGGCUUCCUCGUUGCCGGCACGAUUCUCUCCAAGGAUUGGUAUGGCUUCGCCAACGCAAUUGCCAUGAUUGUCUCCAUUAUCAUCCGGGCCUAUGUGAUCGGUCAGCAGCGCAUCGCAUUCGAUGCUAUGGUCGAUAAAGUCGUCAACACAACAAAGCCCAAAGGAGAUACCUACGAAGCAAAACGAUUCACGUACGAGCAAUGGGAACAAGAAAGGAAAGACAAGAAGAAGUCCAAUGUAAGAAGCAGGGUGAAAACGUCAGCCUCUCAGGAAGCCCAGUCGGGUGGGAGCACCUCAUCGACUCCUUCAAGCGGACAGAAGCAAACUAUUCAGAAUGUGCAGCCGAUGACUCGCCCUACUCGCCCAAACCCCAAAGAUUACGACAAAGAGACUGAUAUCUGGACCGGUACACCCACCAAGGUCCUCAUUAUCCAAUCUGAUUCGAAAGCGGUCACCUUCUGGAUGCCUAAUGAGUUGCUGUUUGCGCCGUCAGUCUUUAUCCAGGGGCCUGUAAUAUUAAACCCCAAAACAUAUUUCGCCAUGCGAUCCAUCGGAUGGCUGGCCUUUGCCGUACACAUUGUCGCCAUCGGCAUGGCAGACCUGGCGAGUCAGAUGUACACGGUCGCUCUGAUGGUGCUACCAACCAUCUUACUGAUAUCAAAAGUUGGGUGUGACGACUCGGAGUGGCUCACAAACUUUGAAGGUUGGGUCAGGGACAAACUCUACGGACAGAACAUCAAAAGCAAGCAGCAGGAAGAUGUAGAAAAGGGCGUGAACUCCACGAAAUUCAGAAAAGUCCGGCACUGCUGGAUCGGGUCCCGACUCCGGGCCGAGAUCUACGAGUGGCCGGAAUCAUACGAGUUUCACGAGGUAGGCGAAGGCAAUGACAAGAAAUGGGUCAGCGGGCGCAAGAAAGGACAGGAACGCUCCACGAAACGGCAGGACCUGUACGCGUGGCUCGCGCUCACGACGGACGAAGAGGAGAGCAUGGACAAAUGGGACCUGUUCCCGCAUAUCCGUCAGGGGACUACUUCGUGGUGGAAGAUGUACAAGCUCAAGAAGGCCACGCUAAAGGGCAACAAACGGGACAGUAUGGGACCGCAAGAUCCCCUUGAUACGCCGCCUCCUCCUUCACAACAACAGCAACGACCGCCACCACAGACACAACCGGGCAAGCCGCCCGCCACCAAUACGACUAAUACCGCCGCCACCGCCGCCGCCGCUCAAAGCAGUCCCCAUGAAAAUCGACCAAGAUCGUUCCAAAUGCCCGGCAGGACAGCCACGUUCCACUUCAUCGACGCCACCGCGGGUCCACAGACAAGCAGGCAGACAAAGGCAGAGCGCCGCCAGAGCAGCUCCGUCACGAUGGGCAGUUCCGCGUUCCCUGCCAUUAGCGACCACGACCAGAUCCAGGCCGACGAAGGCGAGCAGGUGCACACAGACGACGCCGAGACGCAGACCUUGGGGGAUCCCGCCGCGAAAACUGGCAAUAGCGACGACAACCCCGCCGCCGAGGGUCUCCCUCCCAUUACCACCCAGCUCCUCAGCACACCGCGACCAGAGCACGACGCUCCCGCCAGCACCUCUACCGCCGCCUCCGCGUCCCCUCACGUCUUACCGUCCUCUGGAUCUCUCACCCAAUCGCCCAUCACCACCACGACCACCACUGACUCGCCGCACAACGAGAAACGCGCCUAA